CCUAACCCUAAUUAAGUAGAGAAAACUAAGCUUAUAGUCAAAAAAGCAAAACCCAAACCAGCCCAGCCUAACUCUCUCUCUCGGUGCGGUUCGGUUAGCAUCGGAAUACACCAUCCAGCUCCGACGGCUUGUGGAGCGCUGCGUGCGGACUCAGUCGGCGCUAAACCAAACAUGGAGCAGCAGCAUCAGCACAGUAAGAGAAAACGCAAACCUGUUUUUGUUUUCGGCAAUUACAAAAACUACUAUGGCUACCGUAUUGGUCAAGACUUGCAGGAAGAUCCUCGGUUGAACGUCUUCAAGAAGGAAUUGUUUGAAGACAAGGAAUGUCUUGAUAUUGGGUGCAAUAGUGGCAUAAUUACCAUUCUCAUUGCAAAAAAGUUUCGCUGCCGAAGCAUUCUUGGAAUUGACAUUGAUUCUGAUCGAAUAGAGGAUGCAAACUGGCAUCUCAAAAAAUUUGAACGUGCUGGGAAGACACAUGCAAAGGCUUCAAAAUUGGAGGUUUCAAGGAGUGCAAAUGGUUCAGAGCAGAGUGUUGCUGCAUCACCAAAUGAAGAGAUGAUGGAAAUUUCUAGGGACUGUUCUUCUACAGAAACAAAUCUGUUUCACAUGGUCUCAUUCCAACAAGAAAAUUUUGUUCAGAGUCGGUGUCCACCGGAGAAGAAAUAUGAUACUAUCCUUUGCUUGAGUGUAACAAAAUGGGUUCAUCUGAAUUGGGGUGAUGAUGGAUUGAUUACAUUAUUUUCAAAGAUUUGGAGACUGCUUCGUCCGGGUGGUGUUCUUGUGUUGGAACCUCAACCUUGGAAGUCAUAUGAAAACAAUCGUCUUGUGUCUGAGACAACAGCAAUGAAUUAUAGGAGUAUUCUAUUCCGUCCAGCAAAGUUUCAGGAAAUACUUCUAGAUAAGAUUGGAUUUAGAAAGGUAGAAGAUAUAACUUCCCACUUAUCAGGCAGCAAAGCUGGAUUCAACAGACCUAUUUUGGUGUUCCACAAAUGACUCAUCUAGUAAAACAGCAUCUUCAACACGAUUCCCCUAGUAUAUGUAAUCAUUUUUCUAUCUUUGUAGAGGUAGAAUAUGUUAUAAAAUUCAGAGAGUAAUGUUUUAAUUGGUUGUUGACAAGUCACUGCAGCCUAACAAAAAAAUCAAUCAUACAAUUCCGCAGGGAUGUUCAGAAAACUUGGAUGAAAUAUGCUCAUAUUGACUCAGACAAUGUGGAUCUCCAUCGUGUACUCUUGGUAUGCGAUGGGAUGGGAUUACCAUAUCUCUUGCCUCAAGACUUCAUAAAGCAAUGAUUAGAGGGGAAGCUAAUUUUAUCAAAUAUGAGGUCCAUUUUGUUCAUGUUUUUACUCUACUCGUUUUUUCUUCAUGGGAGCAGUGUGAGCAAUAGAAUUCCUUCUCCUCUGAUUUUGUAUUUGCACAUACAGAGCCAUAAAUAUUAUAGAUAUGUUAAGUUGUUUGUCAA